GGGAGUCUGGGGGCGCGGAGCAAGCAGGCUUGGCGGUACCGUGGGAUUCUUUGGGCAGCAGAACUAGAGUUCUGGGGACUGAAGUGGGAUUUUUGGUGGGCGGGUGUGUGGGGGGUUCCCCGAGACCCGGAGGCGUCUGGAGAUCUGGCGGUGCUACGGGGAGCGGCUUCCUCGGGUGUGAUGUGCCCCAAGCCCUAAUCAGCCAGAAGAGUGAGAGCUGAACCCUGCCACCCGAUCAGAAGGCUCUGUGGGGCUUGCUGGGCUGUGGACACCCUGGGCCCCUCCAUCUGGGCCCCCGUGGGUAGGAGGGGCCGGGCGAGCAGGCAGCUGGGCUAUGGUGCGGUGCCUCGGUGUGGCCAUUCUCAGCCUGGUCAUCAGCCGGGGGGCUGACGGUCGAGGGAAGCCUGAGGUGGUGUCAGUGGUGGGCCGGGCUGGCGAGAGUGCGGUGCUGGGCUGUGACCUGCUGCCCCCGGCUGGCCGGCCCCCCCUGCAUGUCAUCGAGUGGCUGCGCUUUGGAUUCCUGCUUCCCAUCUUCAUCCAGUUUGGCCUCUACUCUCCCCGCAUCGACCCUGAUUACGCGGGGCGAGUCCGGCUGCAGAAGGGGGCAUCUCUCCAGAUUGAGGGGCUCCGAGCAGAAGACCAGGGCUGGUAUGAGUGCCGAGUGCUCUUCCUGGACCAGCACAGCCCUGAGGACGACUCUGCUAACGGCUCCUGGGUGCACCUCACAGUCCAUUCGCCCCCUCAAUUCCUGGAGACACCUCCCCAGGUGCUGGAAGUUCGGGAACUGGAGGCUGUGACCCUGCGUUGUGUGGCCCGGGGCAGCCCGCAGCCUCAUGUGACUUGGAAGCUCAGAGGAGAGGACCUUGGCCAGGGCCAGGGUCAGGUGCAAGUGCAGAAUGGGACGCUGUGGAUCCGGCAGGUGGAGCGAGGCAGCUCCGGAGUCUACACCUGCCAGGCCUCCAGCACCGAGGGCAGCGCCUCCCACGCCACCCAGCUGCUGGUGCUAGGUCCCCCAGUCAUUGUGGUGCCCCCCAAGAACAGCACGGUCAAUGCCUCCCAGGAUGUUUCCUUGGCUUGCCGGGCUGAGGCGUACCCCACUAACCUCACCUAUAGCUGGUUCCAGGACAGCACCAAUGUAUUCCACAUUAGCCGCCUGCAGCCCCGAGUGCGGAUCCUGGUGGACGGAAGCCUUCGGCUGCAGGCCACCCAGCCCGAUGACGCGGGCCGCUACACCUGCGUGCCCAGCAACGGCCUCCUGCGCCCGCCCUCGGCCUCUGCCUACCUCACUGUGCUCUACCCAGCCCAGGUGACAACAAUGCCUCCUGAGACGCCCCUGCCUGUAGGCAUGCGGGGGGUGAUCCGGUGCCCGGUCCGUGCCAACCCCCCACUGCUCUUUGUCAGCUGGACCAAGGAUGGGCAGGCCCUACAGCUGGAUAAGCUCCCCGGCUGGUCCCAGGGCCCGGAGGGCUCACUGAUCAUUGCCCUGGGGAACGAGGACGCUCUGGGAGAAUACUCCUGCACCCCCUACAACAGUCUCGGUACCGCAGGGCCCUCCCCGGUGACCCGUGUGCUGCUCAAGGCUCCCCCAGCUUUUCUAGAACGGCCCAAGGAAGAAUACUUCCAAGAAGUAGGGCGGGAGCUACUCAUCCCCUGCUCUGCCCAAGGAGACCCCCCUCCUGCUAUCUCUUGGGCCAAGGUGGGCCGGGGGCUGCAGGGCCAGGCCCAGGUGGACAGCAACAGUAGCCUCAUCCUGCGGCCAUUGACCAAGGAGGCCCAUGGGCGCUGGGAGUGCACUGCCAGCAACACUGUGGCCCGAGUGGCCACCUCCACACAUGUCUACGUGCUGGGCACCAGCCCCCAUGUUGUCACCAAUGUGUCCGUGGUGCCUUUGCCCAAGGGUGCCAAUGUCUCCUGGGAGCCUGGCUUUGAUGGCGGCUAUCUGCAGAGAUUCAGUGUCUGGUAUACCCCACUGGCCAAGCGUCCUGACCGAACCCACCAUGACUGGGUGUCCCUGGCAGUGCCUGUGGGGGCUGCUUACCUCCUCGUGCCAGGGCUGCAGCCCCAUACCCAGUACCAGUUCAGCGUCCUAGCUCAGAACAAGCUGGGCAGCGGGCCCUUCAGCGAGAUCGUCUUGUCUGCCCCUGAAGGACUUCCCACCACACCAGCUGCCCCCAGGCUUCCGACGACUGAGAUGCCCCCUCCCCUGUCACCUCCCCGAGGCCUGGUGGCAAUGAGAACACCCCGGGGGGUGCUCCUGCAUUGGGAUCCCCCGGAACUGGUCCCUGAGAUGCUGGAUGGCUACGUCCUGGAGGGACGGCAAGGCUCCCAGGGCUGGGAGGUGCUGGACCGGGCCGUGGCCGGCACGGAAAUGCAGCUGCUGGUGCCAGGACUCAUCAAGGACGUUCUCUAUGAGUUCCGCCUCGUGGCCCUCGCGGGUAGCUAUGUCAGCGAUCCCAGCAACACGGCCAACGUCUCCACUUCCGGCCUGGAGGUCUACCCCUCGCGCACGCAGCUGCCAGGCCUCCUGCCCCAGCCGGUCCUGGCCGGCGUGGUGGGCGGGGUCUGCUCCCGCCGUCGCCGCAAGCGCCUCCGCCAAGAUGCGCCUCUUAUCUUCUCUCCGCCCGGGAAGUCAGCUCCACACUCGGCUCCAGGCUCCGGCAGCCCUGAUAGUGUGGUGAAGCUGAAGCUGCAGGGUUCCCCAGUCCCCAGCCUGCGCCAGAGUCUGCUCUGGGGGGAGCCCGCUGGCCCCCCCAGUCCCCCUCCGGAUCCUCCACCUAGUCGGGGGCCUUUACCCCUGGAGCCCAUUUGCCGAGGACCAGAUGGCCGCUUUGUCAUGGCACCCAACGUGGGGACCCCCCAAGAAAGGUCAGGCUCUGAGCGAGCUGAACCUCGGACCCCGGCCCAACACCAGGCCAGGUCCUAUGACUGCAGCAGCAGCAGCCCCAGUGGGAUGCCCCAGCCUCUCUGCAUUGCAGACAUCAGCCCUGUGGGGCCCCCUCCUGCAGCCCCUCCUAGUCCUCUGCCUGGCCCAGGACCCUUGCUCCAGUACCUGAGCCUGCCGUUCUUCCGGGAGAUGAAUGUGGACGGGGACUGGCCCCCUUUUGAGGAGCCCACCCCUGCUCCACCCCCAGAUUACAUGGAUACCCGGCCCUGCCCCACCUCCUCUCUCCUUCACCCCCUGGACUCCGACACUGUGUCCCCCAGAGCAGCGCUUCCUGGGGCAGUGAUUGGGGCCGGGGCCACCACAGAGCCCCUGUACACAGCGCUGGCCGACUGGACGCUGAGGGACCGGCUGCUGCCAAGCCUUCUCCCUGCAGCCCCUCGGGGCAGCCUCACCAGCCAGAGCAGUGGGCGGGGCAGCGCCUCCUUCCUUCGGCCCCCCUCUACGGCCCCCUCUGCAGGAGGGAGCUACCUCAGCCCUGCUCCGGGAGACACCAGCAGCUGGGCCAGUGGCCCUGAGAAGUGGCCCCGAAGGGAGCAUGUGGUGACAGUCAGCAAGAGGAGGAACACGUCUGUGGAUGAGAACUAUGAGUGGGACUCAGAAUUCCCUGGGGACAUGGAAUUGCUGGAGACUCUGCACCUGGGUUUGGCUGGCCCUCGACCCCGACCUGAAGCAGAGCCAGAGCUAGAUGUGAAGACUCCCGAGGAGGGCGGCCUCCCGAACACGGCCCAUGCUCCGGGCCCUGAAGCCCGCUGCGCUGCCCUCCGGGAGGAAUUCCUGGCUUUCCGGCGCCGCCGAGAUGCUACUAGGGCCCGGUUACCCGUCUAUAGACAGCCAGUUCCCCAUCCUGAACAGGCCACUCUGCUGUGA